AUGCACUAUGCUGAAGGCAGCCUCAUGCCGCUUAUGCUUCUAUCGCUUAUAGUUGGAAGCAUUAGGAAUGCUGCCGUUCCAUUCUUCAUCAAGCCAAUCACAAAUAGUGUCGCGAGCAAGGCUGAGUCCUCGUAUCUUCGAAGAAACAUGAAGAACCAUUAUGACUUCCUUGAAGGUCAACUUGCAACUUCCCCUGAGGCUGGAGACUAUCUAUGUGGGAAGCACGUGACGGCCGCGGAUAUUAUGCUUUCAUUCCCACUUGAAGCUGGUGAGACCAGGUCAGGAUUCACGCAAAGCCAAUACCCCAGGAUCUGGGCGUACAUCGAACGGCUUCAUGAACAAGACGCAUACAAGCGUGCGGUCGCGAAGAUUGUGGAGAUCGAGGGCGAAUUCAAAACAACUUUAUAA